AUGUCCACCACAUCGCUGCUCCAAACAGCACUCCAAAAUCUCAAAGUCUCACAACAGGCUCGCGACCCCUCGCUUACCCCUUCCACCCUCUCGGUCCCCUCGUCCCCGCGCCGGCACCCGCGCGCGCUUUCUCAGACCGGGUCGGAAGGGACGACGACGCCCGAGUUUUCGAGCGACGAGGAAAUGAUUUCGGUAGGGAAAGGGACGAGACCGGGGACGCCGGUUGGUGCCAAGGGGAUGGUACUAGGCCAGCGAGUGGGGAAAGUCAAGGAUCCCUUACGCACGUUGCCUACUCAUCUGGCUGUACGGGUGUUCUUGUCACUCGACGUGAGGAGUCUUGCGCGGUGUGAUAGAGUGUGUAAGCGAUGGCACAAGUCGUCCACGCUCAACUACGUCUGGUUCCUCCAGAACCGCGCCCUCACGCUCCCCCUCUCCGCCAUCCAGACCGCAGCAGGCAAAGUCCGGAAGACCGGCUCAGACACUCCUGAGUUCUUCGACCCAUACGACAAGACCCCUCGUCUCGCCUCUCUCCCUCGCCCGCCUAUCCCAUCCUCCCCCGUCCCCCAAUGGAGCAAGGCGGAAUCCAAGCGCGCCUGGAAAUCCACCUUCCGGACCACCCUCAAGCGUUCCGAUCCCAAUGCGGAGGAAGAGAUCGAUCCGCUCCGUGUGGAUAUUGCGAGUCUGCAUACCUCGGGAAUAAGCACGCCGACGGGUAACGGUCAUGCGCACGCGGGCGCGGGAUCAGGGGGGGCGGCGAGGUGGGCCCCGGCUGAAGGGGAGGGGAUGACGAGCACGGAGCGGAAGGUCGCUGCGAGGGAGCAGUAUAGGGCGCUUGGGGGCAGGAAGGCGAGGGGGAAGAGAGGGAUGGGAGGGGAGAUGGGCGGGAAGGACAGGGGAGGGGCGGUGGAGGAUGGCAGGUUUGACGCCCCAUGGUAG